AUGGUUAACUUUGGCCCAGCUGUCCGACACGAGGCCGAAAAUAACGAAGCUGGAAUCAUGCGACGGUUCCACGCUGAGAUCCCGCAUUACGUUGGGCCUAGGGAUGACGAAUGUCAGGGUUGUGGAGCUUUGCAUUGGGUGGGUGAGCGACCCAAGGGUACACCGAAAUCAAGAGCAUACAGCUACCUGGAAUGUUGCCAUAAGGGAGGUGUGUCGUUGCCGGUGCAGAUGGCUGGGUCGCGUGCUGUGCCGGCGUUCCUGGAGUACCUGCUGACCUCGCAGGACCGCGGUAAGCUGACGUGGUCCCCUCUUCGAUGA